UCUGUACUUUGUUUUCCUGCAGACUGUCCCGAUCUCACAGACAGACGGACGGACGGUGAUGGAGGAGAAGAGGAUUCUGUGUAUUGGACUCGUCUGUCUGGACAUCAUCAGUGUGGUGGACAGAUACCCCGAGGAGGACUCCGACACCAGGUGUCUUUCUCAGCGAUGGCAGCGAGGGGGCAACGCCUCCAAUUCCUGCACUGUACUCUCUCUUCUUGGGGCUCCUUGUGCCUUCAUGGGGUCACUGGCUCCAGGGCACAUAGCAGAUUUUGUCCUGAACAGUCUUUCAAGUUACGGUAUAGACGUAAGACACGUUAUCAAUCACCCUGGCUCUACAUUCCCGGCUUCCAUUGUCAUCAGCAACGUUACCAAUGGGAGCCGAACCAUCCUGCACAUGAACAGCUUCAUCAUUUCAGAUUUCCGCAAGAGGAACAUUGAUGCCUCCAAUGUGAGCUGGCAGAAAUGGGGCGACACCCCGUGUGCCUGCUGCUUGGUUAAUGUCACCACCGGUUCUCGCACCGUCACGCUGUAUGACACGAAUCUGCCAGAUGUUACGGUAGAAGACUUCCAGAAAGUGGACCUGUCCCAAUACAAGUGGAUUCACUGGGAGGGCAGGAAUGCUGAUGAGCAGGUCAAGAUGAUCCAAAGAGUAGAAGAUCACAACAAGAAGUGCCACCCUGACCAGAGGAUCAAAAUCUCUGUGGAGAUCGAGAAGGAAAGGGAAGAACUAUUCCAGCUUUUCCAACAUGGUGAUCUGGUAUUUGUCAGUAAAGAUAUGGCCAAGUAUCUGGGCUUUCAUUCUGCAACUGAGGCGGUUUUGGGUCUAUACCCGCGGGUGCAGCAGGGGGCGUACUUGGUAUGUGCCUGGGCUGACCAAGGAGCGACUGCUUUGGGCCCAGACGGUCAGGUGAUCCAUUCCCCGGCCUUCCCACCUGAUGCCAUUGUGGACACAUUAGGGGCUGGCGACACGUUCAAUGCCUCCGUCAUGUUUGCUUUGUCUAAAGGUCAGUCUAUGCAGGAGGCACUCACGUUCGGCUGUCGUAUAGCUGGUAAGAAGUGCGGUAUACAAGGCUAUGAUGGCAUUGUCUCAUGAUCAGGACUCCAUCCAGAACAGGGAGCCAGUGACACAGACAGCUGAGAAUGUCGGCCAAUUGGUGGAGAAGAGCCUGAAAUACCCAAACAUUGUCUGUGUGCCGCCUAGUUGGCUCCCACAUAGAGCUCGAGGAUGUUAAUCUCAGAUCAUGCAGUGCAGAUGGUUUCUAUUUGGUUUUCAGAAAGUCUCAGCACUGUGAUGAAAGUCUACUGUGGUCUGCUAACAACUUGAUAUCAGCUCUCCCAUUAUGAUACAUGUUUACCUUCCCCAACCUGGAACUGAGUGGUCCUCGAAGAGCUUCAAGAUGGAGCUGGGGGACUGUCAAGUUGACACCCAUGUAUACAAGUCUUAUAUACCCAUAGACAUGAUUUCAUAAUCAAACAUUAGCUGAAGAUCUAAUGGAAGGUCCACAAGGAGAACAGAUCAGUUAGAAUGCACACAUUUUUGAGGACCAAAGUUUUCUGUCUGGAGGGCCAUCAGAUGUCUCCAGA